ACUGAGAAAUCUUCUUGUUUAGAAAAGAGAAUUUGUUUUUGGUUUGUACGUGUUGCUUUUGUUUGAAUGGAGUCGGAGAAGUUAGCUUAGCUAAGUCGAGUCGGUUUCUUUGGUUUCUGAAUCUAUUGGUAGUUUAGAAAGGAGGUGCCAAAAAGUAAGACUUCAAAUCUUUCCCUUUCUCCUGAUACAUUUAUUAGCAAAAUCUUGAACCAUUGUGUACUGCAAGGAGGGAUUUAGUUUGCUUGCUUUUGGUCUGCUUUUGCCUGGAUGUUGAAAUUGAUAUUUAAGGAGCAGAUUGUGGAAGGACUAUGUAGUUGUCAACUCAGGCUGAGUCAAUUUAAGUAGUUAGUAGACUGCAUCAUGUUGCCAGACUAACGGGAUUUAAAAAAUUUCGAUUUGUUACCUUGUGUUUCAGUCUCAGAAUGAAAAUUUGAUGCGGUUUAUUCUGAGGUUAAAUGUUAUCAUGAUCUCUGCAGCACUCAGCUUGGCCUGAGUCAAUUAAGGUUCAGAAAUUUCGAGUUAAGGAAAUGGAGCUGUCUUUCACACAAGGUCGCUGGAACUAUGAAAGAUGGGGUGGAUUUGAUCCCAUAGCAAGCAGCAAUGCAAAGCCCCCUGGAGUUGAGUUAUGGGCUGUCUUUGAUGUCCCACAACAUCAGGUUGAUGCUUCCUGGAAGAAUUUAACGCACACUCUCUCAGGUCUUUUCUGUGCCUCAAUCAACUUCCUAGAGUCUACUUCAACUUAUUCUGCCCCAGAAUGGAGUUUUCCACCCGCUUCAGGCAAUCUGAGGUAUGGUACAUUGCCCCGUGAAGCUGUUUGCACUGAGAAUCUAACUCCAUGGCUGAAGUUGCUUCCUUGUCGGGAUAAAGCUGGGCUUGCUGUGUUACUGGAUAGACCAUCUAUUUACAGAGGUUUUUAUCAUUCUCAGAGAUUGCAUUUGACCUCAACUGCAUCUGGUUCAAAGGGGACUGAUUCAGGCAUCAUAUUAAAACAGGCACUUACAGUUGUUCUUCAGCCUAUCCAGCCUAACGGUCGAAGGGCCAGUAUGGACCAUGCUGGUGAAAAGCGUAUUCAACCAAGCUGGUCUCUUAGUUCAAUUUUUGGGAAACAAGUUCGUGGAAGAUGUGUUCUUGCGAAGUCUAGUAAUGUGUAUCUUCAACUUGACAGAGGCUUAGUUGCUGAACUGAAGCAUAUCCAUAAAGAAAAUGAGAAGUCUGUGGCAAAUGGUUUAACCUCUGAGAAUUUUUGGACUUAUCCCAGCUUUGAGUUGUCUGCUAGCCCGGACAGGAUAGUUAUAGAAGAAAAUAGCUUCCAUGGCAAGAGCUCAUCCAUUUUGUACAAUUUCCAAGUUGAGAAAUACACUGAAUCUGAGCCAUUAGAUCUUGGCCUUACUUGGAAGAUUCCUGUAGUUUGGUCGUGUCAAUCAGCACCGUUACAUUCUAGUAGGUUCUUGAUGGGAAGCGGGAAUGAGAGGGGUGCCAUUGCUAUUUCCUUGAAAUCUACACAAUUGUGGGAGGGCUUCAUGGGUGCUUUUGACAAUAAUGAAAGGUGUGAAUUGCAAGUUGAUGUUUUUCAAGUUGUGCCUUGGUAUGUUAAGGUCUAUUUCCAUUCUCUGCAAGUGUUCAUUGAUCAACAACCUAAGGCUGUUUCAGAUGUUAUUGAGAAGAUACAUGUUUCACCUUCCAAAGACAAAGUUUCACCUGGCAUGAUGGAAAUGGUUCUGAGACUUCCUUGCAGAGUAAAAUCAGCUGCUUUAACCAUAGAGUUUGAUAAGGGUUUUUUACAUAUUGAUGAAUACCCCCCUGAUGCUAAUCAAGGAUUCGACAUACCAUCAGCUAUUAUAAGCUUUCCCAACUUCCAUGCAAGCAUGUUUUUUCUUGAAGAUGGCUCUUUAAACAAGUCACCCUUGUUGUCAAAGUUUCAGGAAAAGAGUCCUGUAAUGUCUUACACAGAAGUAUUAUUGGUACCUUUGACAACUCCUGAUUUCAGCAUGCCUUAUAAUGUUAUCACAAUCACGUGCACGGUGUUUGCAUUGUAUUUCGGAUCAUUGCUCAAUGUACUACGAAGGCGUGUUGCUGAGGAGGAGAGAUUUCUUAAAGACAAAGCCACCAAGAAAACUGGUCAGCUACCUCUGCUGCUAUCAAAGUUGUCUGCCAAGCUUAGAGGUAGACCAUGGGAACCUCCGCAUUCACCCCCAUCUUCAUCAUCCUUCAUUAGUUCUAAGUUAGUAUUCAAAGUCAUACUAGUAGCUGGACUGGCUGUAGGUUGGCAGUACUAUUUUUCAUGAAGUUAAAACUAUAGAAACUUUCAGUGUACAAUAUGAGCAAGAAGAAAGAAUAUGAACAUUAGAAUUAGUGAAA